AAUGUAAUUCAUCCACGACUACAGUUUUUACGAAUGAAAUCUCGCCAAAUACGAGAUUUCCAAAAUCAGUCUUUUACACCUGGCAAAAAUCAUGCCGAAAGCAAAGAAAGUCAAGGGGAAGAAGGUGGCACCCACCCCCUAUGCUGCCAAGAAGGCAGUCCCAAAGAAGGUGGUCAACCCUCUUUUUGAGAAGAGGACAAGGAAUUUUGGAAUUGGUAAUGAGAUCCAGCCCAAGAGAGACCUGUCUCGCUUUGUGCUCUGGCCCAAGUAUGUUCGUCUCCAGCGACAGAAGGCCGUCCUUUACCAGCGCCUGAAGGUUCCUCCUUCCAUCAACCAGUUCACCCAGGCUCUGGAUAGGCAGACAGCCACCCAGCUGUUCCGUCUGAUGCACAAGUACCGCCCUGAGACCAAGCAGGAGAAGAAGGCCAGGCUCCGGGCCCGCGCCGAGGAUCGCGUCAAGGGACGUGAAGAGGUUCCUACAAAGCGUGAAGCACGCAUCAUGUCCGGCGUCAACACCGUCACCCGGCUCAUCGAGACCAAGAAGGCCCAGCUUGUUGCCAUUGCUCAUGACGUUGAACCUAUUGAGAUUGUGAUGUUCCUUCCUGCCCUCUGCCGCAAGAUGGGCGUUCCCUAUUGCAUCGUGAAGGGAAAGUCUCGCCUCGGUCAGGUGGUCCAUCGCCGUAAUGCUGCUUGCCUUGCGUUCACCCAGGUCAACCCAGAGGACAAGAGUGCCCUCUCCAAGCUGGUAGACACAGUCAGGACCAACUACAAUGACAGAUACGAAGAGAUCCGUCGUCACUGGGGUGGUGGACAGGUCGGCAGCAAGAGCCAGGCCCGCAUCGACAAGCUAGAGAAGGCCAAGUCCAAGGAACUGGAGGCUAGAGCAUAAGAACCAUUCCUAGAGCAUAACUUACAGACUGACAAAAUGUGGUUCAACCCUUACCAUAGAGAAACUCAGUAAAAAAACACAAACAUCCCCAUUAUUUUUGGAAGGCAAGCAUUACAUUCAGGCUAUAUCAACUUAAUAUUGAUGACCAUAAUCAGAUCGGAUUACAGGCAAGUUUCCUGAUGGACUCAUUUAGUGAAGGGCACCUUCGAAAUAUCUUCUCCAUUUUCUUGACUGGAAGCAUGAUACAGUACAUCUCUGCUAUGUAAUAAGCAUGGAAUAAAUGACCAUAGCAUACACAA